CAUCACCCCUCCAUUCCAAAUUCCAAUUCUCUUCUCUUCUCCAGAGCCUGAGAUGAAAGAAACCACCAUGGGUGAGAUUGGUCUUCCUCCCAUUCGUGAACAUUCAGAGGCCUCUAUCUGUUUUCCGGCGAGUACCUCCGGUGAAAAGCCGGUGUAUGGCCGGAGCUCCAGCUUCAACAGUCUGAUGCCGUUCUUGACGGAGAACUGGGGAGACUUGCCGUUGAAGGUUGACGAUUCGGAGGAUAUGGUGCUGUACGGUGUCCUCCGAGACGCCGUGAGUGUCGGAUGGACACCGUUCGGCCUGCCACCCCCGCCGGAGGUGAAGGAGGAGCCUAGGGAAGAAGUAGCGGCGCCGGCGAUGCCCGAGGUGAGGGCUGCGCCGUCGAGAGGGAGGCAUUACAGAGGAGUCCGACAACGGCCGUGGGGGAAGUUCGCCGCGGAGAUUAGGGAUCCGGCGAAGAACGGCGCGAGAGUGUGGCUGGGGACCUAUGAGACGGCUGAGGAAGCCGCGGUGGCUUAUGACCGAGCAGCUUAUCGGAUGCGCGGCUCGCGAGCGUUGCUCAAUUUUCCGCACAGGGUCGGGUCGGGUGAGCCGGAUCCGGUGAGAAUCACGGCAAAGCGCCGCUCGCCAGAGCCGGAGCCGUCGUCAGAAAGUGGCUCGCCGAAGCGGCUAAAGAAUGGUUUGGCGGUUGAAGUGGAGCGGAGAUCCAAUGUGUUUCAGGUGGGGCAUCAGAUGGGUGCGUUGCCAGUUGGCGAGCAAUUAUUGGUCGUGUAAUUGUGAAGUGACGAUGAGCUGUGUGGGGAGGUUUCGUUUGGCUUUUAUGUGAAUACCAAAUACAGCGCUAGCUAUCAGGGAAAAUGAAGCCUGCCCAAAGUGAGAGACUGUAAGGGGCUGUUUGGAUACGGGGAAAUUUCAUGGAAAAUGAAAUCAUUCCAUUUCUGCUGUAGGCCGAAGUGGAGCAUUUCCACACUCCACUUCGACAGAUCCAAUAAAUGAUAGAAAAGUGACGAAAUUGGAAAAUAUGGCUACUUAUCCAAACACUUAUCACCAAGAUCUCGAUCAUAUCUGUUUUUUUAAUCCGAAAUAUCUUGUAUUAACUUUA